UUUAGAAGGUUUAAUAUUUUACUGCUAUUGAAAUUUUAAUAGAUGGAAACGAGUCUAUUAGUGUAACCCUUUUUUAACUUGAAACCAAAGUAUAUAAUGUAUAACACUCCGUUUACCUUUCCUAAUCAGAAUAGCUUAGGAGGCCUUUCUUCUUCACUUUCAAUUCCAUCUAAUGCUCCUCUGCCUCUUGGCGUUAUGCCUCCUCUCAUGUCAGUAGUGGGAGGUACUUUACCCACUGCUGUCCCUUCUAGCGUACAACUUUCAAGUUCUCCUGUAGUAACAAAUCUCGCCAAUUCAGAUAAAAAAACGGUUUGGUCUGAGCAUAAAACACCGGAAGGGAAAGUUUAUUAUUAUAAUAAUAUCACUAAAGAAUCAACCUGGGAAAAGCCAGCAGAGAUGAAGACUCGCGAAGAAAUUUUACUUUCUGAUUGUGUUUGGAAAGAGUAUACUUCAGAAAGUGGAAAGAAAUAUUACUAUAAUCGCGAAACUAAAGUUUCUGUUUGGACUGAACCCCCUGAAUUAGCAAAAAUUAAAGCCUCUUUAAUAAAAAAACCAGAGGAAGCUCUUCCGGUAGUGGAACAAGUUGAGAUUUCUGAAAUUUCUGACGGAACUAAAGAUUCUGCUUCUGAAAGAGAAUUUCUUUAUGCAACUAAAGAAGAAGCAAAACAAGCACUGAAGAAACUUUUAAGAGAUAAAAACAUUCCGUCCAACACAAAGUCUUUUGAUAGUGUUAUUCCACUUAUUCAAGAUGAUCAAAGAUUUAACGCGUUGAAAACUUAUCAAGAAAAAAAGCAGUGUUUUAACGAAUACAAGUACGAAAGAGCUCGAGAAGAAAAAGAUGAAAUUCGGCAAAAACUUCGGGAACUGAAAGUCAACUUCCGGAAAUAUUUAGAACAGCACGCCGAACUCAACCAUCACAUGCGAUGGAGACAAGUUUAUGAAUUAGUGAAAGACUCUUCUGAAUAUAAACUUGUUAAUAGUGAAAAAGACUGCAAGGAAAUUUAUGAAGACUACGUGGCCGAUAAAGAACGAGCCGAACGGGGCGAAAUGCGCGCCAAGCACGAGGAAUACUAUAAUAAGUUUCAAAGUUUUCUCCGUGCGCAUUGCCCGGUAACUCCUACGACCACUUGGAGCAUGAUUUCGGAGUUUUACAGAAACCAUCCACUUUAUAACGAAAGUGAUUCGUGGUUGAAGGCCAUGGAUGCUGUUGAGUACCGCGCUGACAUGCUGAGGGCUUACGAAGACCUCGUCAAAGAGAAAGAAAAGGAGUACGAAGCGCAACGCAGAGAAGCCCGCGCAUUAUUACGCAGAGAAGCGAGAGAAGCGAGAGAAAGUUGUUUGGCGCUUUUUUAUGAGUUAAAGGAUCGAGGUGUGCUCACGGCUAUCAGCAAAUGGAAAGAGAUUUUUCCUUUGAUAAAGGACGAUUGUCGAGCAAAAGCGCCUCUGAAAUAUCUCGGCACUACCACGCUUGAUUUAUUCAAAUUGUACGUCGCUGAUUUGAUGGAAACGCUACACGCGUGCAUGCACGUGAUUAAGGACAUUAUAAAGGAAAUGAAUUUUAAAAUGGAUCACAAAACGUCGCUUGAUAAAUUUUGUGAGGCCAUCGCCGCAGAUGAGCGAAGUAAAGUGUUGGAUCCCAUUAAUAUUAAGCUUUGCUUUCAUAAAGUAUUAUUAUUGUGA